AUGGAAGAUGAGCGGAGCUCAAAGCGGCAAAAGGUCGAGAAAGCUCCCAAGAUGCCUCCGGCCUCAACGCUUAACGAUGCCGCCAUCUCAGCGGAGGAGCCGCGUCCGCGUGCUCCGCGGAGCUAUCAGCUGGAGAUGCUGGAUGCUAGUCUAGGAGGUAACGUCAUCGUGGCCAUGGACACUGGAAGCGGUAAAACAGAGAUUGCCAUUCUUCGCAUAGAAAAGGAGUUGGCCACCUGUUCCCCUCAGAAGCUUGUCUGGUUCCUGGCGCCCACAGUUGCGCUCGCUGAACAACAAUACUCCGUUAUCACCGCGCAGCUACCAGCCUUCCAGGCCCGGAUCCUAACAGGAGCCGACAAUGUCGACCACUGGUCCACCAAGAAAAUCUGGGAUGGUAUCCUCCUGAAUAUCCGGAUUCUCGUCUCAACACCUCAGGUGUUGCUGGAUGCAUUAUCCAAUGGCUUCGUUCAAUUGAACCGUAUAGCAUUGCUUGUUUUUGACGAAGCGCACCGCUGUAUCCGCAAUGCCCCUGCAAACAAGAUUAUGCGAGAUUUCUACCAUUAUGGCUUGCAACAGAAGGGAGGAAAGGAGGACUUGCCACAUGUGCUGGGCCUCACUGCAAGCCCCGUUACCAAAGCUGACCGCUCCUAUCUCAAGACUCUGGAAGAUAAUCUGAAUGCUACCUGUGUGACCCCAAAGAUUCAUCGGGAUGAGAUGAUGCAGUACGUGCAUUUGCCUCAAUUUUAUAACAUUGAAUACCAAAUAGAUAUUAUUAAUUAUCCAUCUACAUCCGACAAUCUUGACGAGAUCAUAAAUCGCCUUGAUAUUUGGAAUGACCCUUAUGUCAAGUUUAUGCAACAGAGGGAUGAUGCUAGGAGUAGGCAAAAGCUCUCCACUGCUAUGGCAAAUAACAAAACACCCUGUCUGAACCAGCUGCGACGAUGUCGCAACACCCUUUCCACUCUUCUUCAGGAGCUUGGCCCUUGGGCUGCGGACACCUUCCUUGCAAAAUGCAUAAAACAGCUUAAAGACAAAAAUAUAGAUAUCUUUGAAAGUAACCGGUCAGAUUGGGAUAAAAAAGACGAUCUGUAUAUAUCCGAAGCUCUCCUCAAGAUACCGAUGAAUCACCAAAGGGACAUUUUGAAUACAGUACCGGAGGAAAUUUCGACAAAAUGUCGCCGUCUGAUCACGUUUCUGCAAAAGGAGCACAAUGAGAGCUCUAUUGGAAUAAUAUUUGCAAAAGAAAGAGCCACAGUCACUAUGCUUGCUCACUUAAUUAAGAUGCAUCCUCAUCUGGAACACAUUCGAGCGGCGGCGUUUCUGGGAAACUCAGCGUAUAUGUCUCGAAAGUCUGAUAUCACAGAGCUACAUAAGUCUAAUGAGCAAAAGACCACUAUUACCGACCUCCGUACUGCGAAAAUCAAUCUUAUUGUAACAACUGCUGUUCUUGAAGAGGGUAUUGAUAUACCUGUCUGUGAUGUUGUUGUUUGUUUUGAUCUUCCCAGCGAUUUACGAUCUUACAUUCAGCGAAGAGGAAGAGCAAGAAAGAAAGACUCUAAGUUUGCUCUCUUUGUGAGUUCCAGUGAUGUCUUAACCAUCAAAGACUUGCAUUCAAUGGAAGACGCAGUGAAACAACUAUACCUUGAAAAUCAACAAAGGCUUCAAGAACUCCGCAUUUUAGAAGACGUUGAGGAGUCAAGCUCUGAUAACUUCAGAAUUGAAUCAACAGGGGCGCUUCUCACGUUUGAAAAUGUGAUAAGCCACCUCUUUCAUUUCUGCGCCACCCAUUCUUGGGAAUUCACUGCUGCAGAGCCGGACUUUUUCAUUACCAUAGAAAGCAACACAACAAGGUCGGCGAAAGUUGUCCUACCAAGUUUUGUUGACCCGAAGCUGCGAGUUUUUCAUAGCGUCCAUGUAUGGAAAACCGAGAAAAUGGCCAAAAGGGAUGCGGCCUUCCAAGCAUACGUGGCAUUGUACCAAGCUGGACUAGUUAAUGAACAUCUAAUGCCAGCCCAUCGUCGUAAAGAUGACGAAGACUUUGAACAACAAAUCGAAAAGCGGCCAAGUUUCGCAAUGGUGUCUGAUAUCUACAACCCCUGGGCUAAAAUGGCCCGUAUUUGGCAAAAUAAACAGUUAUUCUAUACAUUUAUUGUCGACAUACAAACUGACUCCCAAAAGUUUCCACCGAUGACAUUGAUCCUUCCAGCAAAACUGCACUGUGAUUUUUCGUUCAAACUUUUCUGGAAUGAAGAAACAACUAUGGUCGUUUCUGUCAAACAUGACAACCAGAGAUUUAGCGCGGAGCUCAUCGAACACGCUGCCACCACAACUUCUAUUUUACUUUCGUCUCUAUAUUCUCAAAAGAUGAUAUCCGAUAAUCUAGAUUUUUCUUGGCUAUUCGUUCCCCCGGUAGAAUUAACCGAUAUCUCGAUUAAAGAGUGGUGUGAAUCCGUGACGGGAACCAUUAAUCUCAGCGGUUCUGUAGAACAGAAUCCUACUGAUCUUGAAAAUCUCGGCCUCGUGAGACGCCUUGAUUCUAGAUCUCGCCCCUGCGUAUUCGAAAAGUACAUAUGGCGAGAAUACGCCCCAGAGAAAGUUGAUGGUGUCGAUACAGAUGAAAAAAAUGGGGACCAGAUACUUCAUAUUGAGGGUUUAACCUGGCCGAAACGAACAGACUUUUUGCACCCACUAGCAAAUUUGGAUACCUCAAAAUCGCACCACACUGCAAAAUGCUGCCACGCGGCCAAAGAUUGUUUUAUUGACAAACUGCCAGCUCAUUACAGCCAGUUCACGUUGUUUAUUCCCUGUAUAAUCCAUAAUGUUGAGAACUACCUAAUUGCGGGUGAGCUAGCUCAAACGCUCUUGAGUGCCGUCAGGUUCAAUGACGUGUCCUUGGUUUUAACGGCAAUCAGCUCAUCCGUGGCAAGAGAAGCUUCCAAUUACCAGCGCCUAGAAUUUUUUGGCGACAGCCUUCUGAAAUUAUACACCUCACUCUCGCUUGCAGCGCAGAACCCUUUUUGGCCCGAAGGCCUUUUGUCAAACACGAAAAGUUUGAUUGUUUCAAAUGGUUAUCUUGCAAAAGCUGCAGUAAGAGCGCAAUUGGACAAGUUUAUUCUUACAAAGCCUUUCAGUGGUGCCAAAUGGCGACCAUCAUACAACACGGACUUCACUGCCUCAGAUGCCGCUGUCGCGUCUUCGAGAGAAAUGUCAACCAAGGUGUUGGCGGAUGUCGUCGAGGCUCUGAUUGGUGCAGCUAGCGUCGAUGGUGGGCAUGAAAAAGCAUUACGCUGUUUACAAAUAUUUCUUUCUGACAUCAAUUGGUGUUCAAUUGAUGAGUGUGUUACACGACUCAAUGAUGAAGCAGAUGAUUCUUUUGAUGCCUGGGGUAUUCUACCGGAACUGGAAAGGCUCUUGGGCUAUAAAUUUCUAAAAAGAACCCUCCUUUUGGCUGCUGUGACACACCCGAGUAGCAGAACUUCGGGGCAAUCGUACCAAAGGCUAGAGUUUGUGGGUGAUGCUGUUUUGGAUAAUAUUAUAGUGGAGGCAUUAUUUAACUCGCCGAGACAGUUUGCUCACUAUGAUAUGCAUCUCAUGCGAACGGCAUUGGUCAAUGCGGACUUCCUAGCCUUCCUGUGCAUGAACACGUAUGUGGAGCUAGACAGAGGGGAAGUGCUCGGGAGCGCCAGUAGAAAAAUUACGAUUGAAAUGACAAAGCAGAAAACUUAUCUUUGGACAUUCAUGCGUCACGCAGUGUCUUGGGAUAUAUCUCAGGCCCAACAGAGUGCCACGAAGCAAUACCAAGACUUUGGCAUUGACAUCACUCAACAACUUUGCUCCUCGCAAACGUAUCCCUGGUCACUACUCUCACGCCUGAGUGCCGCCAAAUUCUUUUCUGAUAUCAUAGAGAGCAUACUCGGUGCCAUAUUUAUUGAUUCUCGAGGCUCCAUGGACGCAUGUCGAAUUUUCCUUCAGCGUAUUGGCCUCAUGAGCUACCUUGAACGGGUCUUAACCGAGGACAUUGAUUUCAUGCAUCCAAAACAACGCUUGGGCCAUUUGGCGAACACUCUCCCAGUGCGUUACGAAACUAAGUCUGUACGAGACCAGGAGGGUGAACGAUGGGAAUGCACUGUUUGGGUUGCGGACAAAGAGAUUGUACGUAUCGAUGAUGGAGUAAGUGGCAUCGAGGCCGAGACAAGAGCCGCAGAUGCCGCAGUGGCAAUCUUGCGCGCAGAUAGUGAGAGUAGAUCGUCGUACGAUGCUAUGUCUGAAUGA